UACCAGAUUGGAAACAUCAAACAUGUAGUUCAAAUCACUAAUAGUAACGUUGGUUAAAGUAAGUAUGAACUCCAUGAAAUGAAAAACUAAGGAACACCGUGGUAACUGUUCAUCUAAACGAUAUACACAUGUGCAUACAAGUAAUUGAAGCUGUUUCUUGGUUUCUGUGUGCAUAUCGGACAAAUUAUCUGUAUGCACGUGUCCAUACUGUACAAAUGAAUGGUUACCGUGGUGUUCCUCAGUUUUUCAUUUUUUUGCGGUUUUCCUUUGAACUUGACCCUACAUAUAUAUAUAGUUGAUGAUCUUUCAUGGCAAAAACAAAGAAAAUGGCUAAGAGUAGAGAUAAGGAUAGGAAAUAUAAUGGGUAACGACUAAACGAUUGAUAAACACUAACUACACUUUUUGUAAAUGUUAAGGUACCAGAUUGGGAACAUCAGACCUGUUGUUCAAAUCACUAAUAGUAAUGUGCGAGUGAAAAACUAUAAAAGCAACAACGAAAAUGAUCAUGGAGUUCAUAGUUACUUUAACUAACGUUCUUGCAUUUCUCAAUUCAGAUUUGGGAUGCCGCUCGUUGCAAGAGAGUAAGAACUAUGGAAGGACAUAGAUUACGUGUUGGCGCACUAGCUUGGAAUUCAUCUAUAUUGUCUUCAGGAAGUCGAGAUAAAAGUAUUCUUCAGCGAGAUCCUCGUGCACAAGAAGAUUUUGUUAGUAAGCUAAGUGGGCAUAAAUCAGAGGUCUGCGGACUUAAAUGGUCCUACGAUAAUCGUGAAUUAGCAUCAGGUGGAAAUGAUAACAAGCUUUUUGUUUGGAACCAACAUUCGACACAACCUAUCCUGAAAUAUUGUGAGCAUACAGCUGCCGUGAAAGCAAUUGCGUGGUCCCCACAUCUCCACGGACUCCUGGCUUCUGGCGGAGGUACUGCAGACCGAUGUAUCCGUUUUUGGAACACAACCACCAAUUCUCACCUGAGCUGCAUGGAUACUGGUAGCCAGGUAUGCAAUCUUGUAUGGUCAAAGAAUGUCAAUGAACUUGUGAGCACCCAUGGAUACUCCCAAAAUCAGAUUAUUGUUUGGAGAUACCCUACCAUGUCAAAGGUAACGUUUUCUAUAAUGGGUUAUGAUCAUUCGUUCUGCAAUGUCAGAAAACGAUUACAGUUGACCAAUUUGACAAAUAUUUGUUCCAAAUUUGACCAAUAAGUUGGUGCCAGAUGGCUCAUGUGUAUUGACCGACUCAUAAAGAUCUCAGAACAGUUUUAUAGAAUCUUUAAUUGGAGAACAAAGAUAAAUAUGUUUGUCAAAUUGGUCAACGUUAUGUCUUCACGUAAAAAGCCGUUUUACUCUUUGGGAUAGAGGAUAGGUCUGGGCUAUACAUGCCUUCUCCCAUACCCUACU